GCGCGCAGUGCCCGUCUGAUCUCGAGCCACCGCAGAUGGCCGCCUUCCCCGCCCAUCUGCUGCUGCUGGCGCUGCUGGCGCUCGCGCUGCGUGGCGCGGCCGCCGCCGUGCCGUUCUACGACGACUCCGCCAAGGAGGCCUACAAGUUCGACGUCAAGUACAUCACCGUGCCCGUGGACCACUUCAGCUUCGCCGGCAACGAGACCUUCCGGCUGCGCUACCUGGUCAACGACACGUGGUGGGACAAGGACAGGCGCAAGCCGGGGCCCAUCUUCUUCUACACUGGCAAUGAGGGCGACAUCAACGUGUUCGCGCAGAACACCGGCUUCAUGUGGGACAUCGCGGCCGAGUUCCGCGCGCUCGUCGUGUUCGCCGAGCACCGCUACUACGGCCAGUCCAUGCCGUUCGGCGACAAGUCCUUCUCGGACCGGAAGCACCUGGGCUACCUGACGGCGCAGCAGGCGCUGGCCGACUUCGUGGCCGUCAUCAGGGAGGUGCGCAAGGGCCAGGCCUUCCCCCGGCAGAGCCCCGUGGUGGCGUUCGGCGGCAGCUACGGUGGCAUGCUGUCCGCCUGGUUCCGCGUCAAGUACCCCAACGUCGUGGCGGGCGCCAUCGCGGCCUCCGCCCCCGUGCUCAUGUCCGCCGGCCUCACCCCCUGCGACGCCUUCAACCACGUGGUGACCUCCGUGUACCACACCGCGGCCGCCGAGUGCGACGGCAACAUCAAGCGCUCCUGGAGCGCCAUCCGCAACAUCACCAAGACGGACGAGGGCAAGAAGUGGUUCUCGGAGACGUUCGAGCUCCGCAAGCCCCUCAAGACCGCCGAGGACGUGAACGAGUUCGUGGCCUGGCUGAGCGACGCCUACGUCGACGUGGCCAUGGCCAACUACCCCUACCCGGCCAACUUCCUGGGCAAGAUGCCGGCCUACCCUGUCAAGGCCGUGUGCAACGCCCUGAGCCAGAAGCUCAGCGACGAGAAGCAGCUCGCCAAGGCCGUCUUCAACGGCAUCAGCGUCUACUUCAACUACACGGGGGCCGCCAAGGCCCUGGACAUCAACGGCACUGACGCGGGGCUGGGUAUCAACGGCUGGGACUUCCAGGCGUGCUCCGAGAUGGCCAUGCCCAUGUGCUCGGACGGGCGCUCGGACAUGUUCGAGAGCUCCCCGUGGGACGAGUCGAUCUACUCGAACGCCUGCUUCGCGCGCUGGGGCGUGCGGCCCGUGUUCAACAUGACGGGCUGGGAGUUCGGCGGCAGGGACUUCAAGGGCAUCAGCAACAUCGUGUUCAGCAACGGCCUGCUGGACCCGUGGUCUGCCGGCGGCGUGGUGCGCAACAUGAGCGACUCCGUGGUGGCCGUGCUCAUCCCCGAGGGCGCGCACCACCUCGACCUCCGCGCGCAGAACCCCGCGGACCCGCCGUCCGUGCGCGGCGCGCGCCGCCUGCACCGCCAGAACAUCAAGAAGUGGAUCAAGCAGCACUGGUCCGCCUCCGUGAGCCACAUCGAGGACGACGCGUACAGGAACAGACUCCUGCCCCAGACCACGGCAUCCCGCCUCCAGCACGUGGACUACGACGCCCUGGCGUAGCCCUGGGCAGCAGUGGUGGCCCUGUUACCAUGAAGAAACGUAGCUUUAAGCACACUAAUAAAUACAACCGCCGUCAGUUAGGCGAAUAAACAAAACGCUUCCUUU